AUGAACCCUGCAGUGGUAGGCAAUCGACAAUCUCAGGAAAACGCCCUGGAAAGCUGCAACAACGCGCUCUCUUCCACCACUACAUUGCACCCGCUCACGGCGCUCGGCAGACAAGAGCUGUGCGGCGCGAAUUUCAAUGGGAAAUCGCCCGACAUCCACCUUACAGCCCGAUUUCGCCAAAUUGAAAGUCACACCUUCCAACCCCCAACCCCACAGUUACACCCCACACACUCCAACCCCAACCCACAGCCCCAGUCACACCCCACACCCCCAACCCCACAAUCACACCCCACACCCCUAACCCCACAGUCACACCCCACACCCUCAACCCCCAACCCCACAUCACACCCCACACUCCUAACCCCAAAGUCACACCCCCAACCCCCAACCCCACAGUCACAUCCCACACCCCACACCCCCACACCCCCACAAAGCCCCCUUGAACAGCCGCAGCCGAGGAAGGCCCCGCGGGAUCCUCAAGAACCGCGUCUUCAUAAAUUCCAAACGUCGUGA